UGGACCCCCAUUCCACCCACAACAGGAUUGGGGGGUGGGGAGACAGGGAAGCUGGAGAGACCAGGGCCAGCACUGGAGGCCUGGGACUAGCCAGGGGGACAUGAGAUUGGCCAGAACAGGGUGAAGUUGCCAAGACGGGCAUUGAGCUCAGCAAGAGGGAAGGUUUGAAACCAGGGAGAAGAGAAUGAAAUUGGCCGGAAGGGGGUGAAAUAGGGCAGGAGGGGGUGAAAGAGACCAGAAGAGGAUUGAGAUUAGGGCGGGGAGGGGGUUGAGAUAGGGAACGAGUAAGUGGAAUUGCCAAGGAGACUGAGACCAGCAAGGGGAGGGAGCUGACACUGGGGAGAAAGGGGUGAUCUGGACCAGAGGUGGGUGAAAUAGACCAGAAAGGGGUGAAAUUAGCAAGCGGAGGCUUGAGAUCAGGAAGGGGAGGGUUUGACAUUGGCAGGAAGGGGGUGAAACAGACCAGGAGGAGGUCAAUAGACCAGCAGAGAAUUGAGGUAAGCCAGGUGAGGGUUUGCAACUGGCAAGAAGAGGGCGAAAUUAGCAGCAGGGAAGUAGACCGGAGGACAAAAAACAACCCUGAAAUUGCCGGCAGGGCUAAAAACAGCCAGGAAGGGGGUUGAAAUUGCCAACGUCGGGGCAUCUAAGGCUUGACCUCCCACUCAGCCACGGCUUUCCUCCACGGGGCAUCCGGGAGCCAGCAGCCAGCCCUCUGUUUUCCAACCACAGGGGGACAAGGCCAAGAUCCUCCUCUGUUCCCUGAAGCCGGAGCCCCCGCGGCAAAGCCAGAGAAGCCAGUUUGGAGCCGGGAGGGGGAAGGCUGGGCUCCUUUGGGGUUGUGUAACAAAAUCCCAGUGGAUCAGGAGUGAGAUCUCUGGCGGGAAGAGGAAUCUCUGCCGCUUGAUCAUGACGUUCGCUGAGUUUCUGCAGCAGGUUGGGGGCAUGGGGCGCUUCCAGGUGAUCCACACGGCUCUGCUCACCUUGCCCAUCGUGCUCAUGGCAAGUCACAACCUCCUCCAGAACUUCACGGCGGCCGUGCCCAGCCAUCGCUGCCGGCUCUGGGCGGGCGGUAGUGACCUCAAUGCCAGCCUGGACCUGGUGCCCCUGGACAGGAACGGGCAGCCAGAAAAAUGCCGGCGGUAUGUGGCUGCGCAGAGACAUCUCCUGGACCCCAAUGGCACAGAGGGCAAUGGCACACGUGUGGACACAGAGACAUGUGUGGAUGGCUGGACCUAUGACCAGAGCGUGUAUGCUGCCACCAUCGUCACUGAGUGGGACCUGGUCUGCGACCUACGGAGUCUCCGGCAGAUGGCCCAGUCGAUCUACAUGGCCGGGGUACUGGUGGGAGCCCUGGUGCUGGGGGGGCUCUCGGACAGGUUUGGGCGCAAGCCGCUGCUGGUGUGGUCCUUCCUGCAGAUGGCCGUGAUGGGCACCUGUGCCGCCUUCGCCCCCAACUUCAUCUCCUACUGCGUCUUCCGCUUCCUCAGCGGCAUGGCCCUGUCCGGCUUCGGGCUUGGCAUUGCCUGCCUGGUCGUGGAGUGGAUCCCUACCCAGUACCGCACCAUCACCAUAGCCAUCACCGGCUUCGUCUACACCCUGGGACAGAUCCUGCUGGCCGGGAUUGCCUAUGGGAUAAGUGACUGGCGCUGGCUCCAGUUUGCCGUCUCCGCCCCCUUCUUCCUCUUCCUCUGCUACUCCUGGUGGUUUGCCGAGUCGGCCCGCUGGCUGUUGCUGACCAGCAAGGCCGAGAGGGCCAUGGGGGUCCUGCGCCACGUGGCCAGAGUCAACGGGAAGCGGGAAGAAGGGGAGAAGAUCACGGUGGAGAUCCUGAAAUCCAACAUGGAGAAGGAGUUGUCCACAGUCAAGUCCUCCUACACCAUCUCUGACCUGGUGCGGACACCAGCUGUGCGCCGCAUCUUCUGCUGCCUCUCCAUCGUGUGGUUCUCUACUAGCUUCUCCUACUAUGGGCUGGCCAUGGACCUGCAGAACUUUGGGGUCAGCAUCUACCUGAUCCAGGUCAUCUUUGGGGCCGUGGACUUCCCGGCCAAAGUGGUGGCGACCAUCUCCAUGAGCUACAUCGGGCGCCGGGUGACGGUCUCGGCCUGCCUCAUCCUGGCCGGGCUCGUCAUCAUCGCCAACAUCUUUGUGUCCAGAGACCUACAGACAGUGCGCACAGCAUUGGCCGUCAUUGGCAAGGGCUGCCUCUCAGCUGCUUUCAACUGCGUGUUCCUGUUCACCACCGAGCUCUACCCCACCCCGAUCAGGCAGACCGGGCUGGGCUUCGGCAGCACCAUGGCCCGAGUAGGUGGCAUUGUGGCCCCACUUAUGACUAUGACAGAUGAGUACUUCCCCUGGCUGCCCCCAGUGGCCUAUGGGGCAGCCCCCGUGGCCUCUGGCCUCAUCGCCAUGUUCCUCCCAGAGACCCUCAAUGUCCCGCUGCCAGACACCAUUGAGGAGGUGGAGAACAGGUCCAGAAAGAAGACAACAAUGAAGGAAACCAAGGAGAUGAUCCCAUUGCAGAACCAGGACAAAGUGCUAUUCAAAGAGACUUGCUGAGGGCUCCGGCAACCCAGUGCCUUCCUGAUCCACCAGCGGUGGGUGGGUUCAAGUGACCUCUUCCCUGAGGUGGCUGCACACCCAUUUCACACUUGCCCCUCCAGCCCCUGAGCUAAGAACCUCCCCGGCUGGGGUUAUUUUUUUUUUGGCAUGCACCCAGUGGCCUUGUGAUGAUUGUAAUGAUGAUUACGACUCUUCUGUUUCCCACGCAAGGCCUGGGGCAGGGGAAAGGGACCUCUUCAGCCAAGCUCUCAGGAGUGCGCAGACCCCAAAGACGCGUGCAACCCCCCAGCCUGACUAUUUUUGCAGCCCUCCAGGGGUAUCAGAUAACCACACUGCUGUUCUUUAGCGGAUGCUGUCCCAUUCCUUGGGCGUUGUACCUCCUGCUGCCAUGGGGGGUGGGGGGCAGUGAGGGGGGCAGCCUCCUAUCAGUGCAGUACACCCCAAUGGCCACCAGGGCAACCACUCAUGAGCUGCAAUAUCCCUUGUCACCAACCCAGCCAAAAACACAGGAGGGAUGAAUUUGACUCUCACAGUUGCGGUCUGGCCUUACCCACCCCCAGAUGCAGCCAGUUGGGUGUGGGGGGGGGCGCAGCUGGGACAGCAAUAAACAGUCCUGGUUGCAAAUGGAAGUGCGUUGGGGUGUUUUGUAACAGCUGCAGGGGUAGGGGGGAAAGCCGCUCUGCCCCACUCUCCAUCCCCAUACACCUCUCUCUCUCAUACGCUCUCUCUCUCUUUUUCUCUCUCUCUCUAUUGGUCUACCUCUCUGUCCUUACACCCCAUCCAUCCAUCCCCAGACACCUUCUCUAUUUAACUAUUCAUCCAUCCCCAACCAACUUAUCCAUCCAUCCAUCCAUCCAUCCAUCCAUCCAUCCAUCCAUCCAUCCAUCCAUCCAUCCAAGACAAUGCAGUGUGUGUGUGUGUGAUCUACAGCCUACAAGAGGCCAAUACCCUAUGCCUAGAGUUUUAGGAUCAAAGGAAAGUUGGGCUGGAAGGGAUCUUAUGGUCACAUCUAGUCCAGUCCCCUGCUCAAGGCAGGAUGAAGGAUCAUCCCUGACUAAACCCUCCCAGCCAAAUAUCCGUCCAACCUGCUCUUGCAGAUCUCCAGGGACCACAUCUCUGGGCAGCCUGUUCCAAUGCUUGACCACCCUCAGAGUCAGAAAGUUCCUCCUCCUCUCCAGCCUCCAUUUCCCCUGCUGCAGAUGAAGGCUUUUGCUCCUAGUCCUGCUUUUUACAGCCACAGAUAAAAGCCUGUCUCUGCCCUCUCUGUCAUCACCCUUCAGGGAUCUGAAGGCUGUGAGCAAAUCCCCCCUCAGUCUUCUCUUCUCCACACACAACCACAAUACAGCAGUGGCAUCCCCAGCUCCUGAUUUAUGACUGUCUUCUGCAAAGCAAUUAAGUCAUUAAUGAAUUAGUCCAUAAUGAGACUGAUCAGCA